GUCGGAACGGAUGAAUCUAGUGAGAUAGCCGUGCGUGUUAAGGAAAAUUUCAAAAAGUGUUUUGUUUUUGUAUAUUUUUUAAAAUUAAAAUGAUAUUAUAGUUGUAAAAUAUUUUUUGUGUUACCUACUCUUUGGAAUUUUGUUUCAACCUUCAGCGGCAGUCGUUCCGACGUGCGGAGUGCGAUCGGCUAACAAUGAAAAGACAAUAGAACAAUCCAUUUUUUAAUUUCUUGAAGUCAUCAUGGCUGAACAAAAACCGAAGCUUGAAGAUAAGGAAGAGAAACCUCUAACGAAAGAUGUCACAACAAAGAAGAAGACCUUUCGAGAGAAACUCCAAGAGGUCCAAGACAACAUCACCGUGGAACCCUUACUUGCAGGGUUCAUUAUCCCAAGUGUAUUGUCUAUGUUUGCUAUGGUGAAUCUGAACUUGGAUAAAGCCUGCAGAGUGAAUCUAGGAUAUAGUGAUGAAAUUUGCGACGCCCUUAUCAAGAGAACUGGCAAUUAUACCGAAGAAGAAAAAGAAGUGCAGAAACUAAUAUCAUCGACAGAUAUUUGGAGAGGUGUGCUAAAAACCUUGCUGCCUUGUAUUAUAAUAAUGUUUUUGGGAGCGUGGAGCGACAGAACCGGGAAGAGAAAACUGUGUAUCCUGUUACCGAUUCUUGGAGAAUUGCUGACUUCGAUAAAUAACCUGAUCAACGUAUAUUUCUUCUAUGAGAUCCCUGUUGAAGUUACGGUGUUUAUGGAGACAAUAUUCGGUGCUGCGACGGGUGGUUGGGUGACGAUAUUCCUUGGAGUAUUUAGUUACAUCAGCGACAUCACUUCUGAAGAGACAAGGACCUUCAGAGUGGGGCUGGUGAACUUCUGCAUGACGGUGGGGGUGCCUAUCGGGAUCGGAAUGAGCGGAAUCUUGCUGAAGAGAAUGGGUUACUAUGGGAUGUUUACCAUGACGGCAAUACUGUUCUUCUUGGUCCUGAUGUACGGAUGCUUCUGUCUGAAAGAACCAGAUCAACUGCUCAGAGAAAGAGGAAAGCCACCGAUAGAGCGACCGGACUCAAAUAAGAAGGUGUCAUUCUUCAACAUUAGCCAUGUGGUGGAAACUGUAUCCGUCGCAUUCAGGAAGAGAGCGAAUAAAAGAAGAGUAAAAGUGCUUCUUACUCUUUUCACUGUGUUCAUCCUCUAUGGACCUACUAUGUCAGAGCACAGCAUCAUAUACCUGUUUGUAAGAGCUCGUCUCAACUGGGACAUGGUCAAAUAUGGACUCUUCACCAGUUACUCCAUCAUCUUGCACUCCUGUGGUGCAAUGUUCUCAAUCACGGUACUCAGCAAGCGUCUCCAGGUGGACGACUCGCUGCUCUGCCUGAUCUCUGUAAGCAGCCGGUUCGUCGGCGCCAUCUGGACAGCCUUCGUGCAGACAGACCUUGAAAUGUAUUUGGUACCUCUUGUGGAGAUACUUAAUGGGACAACAUUCACAUCGUUGCGGUCAAUCAUAUCAAAAUUAGUGGACAAACAAGAAACUGCUAAAAUCAACUCGCUGUUCUCUCUGACUGAGACGGUGGCAUCCCUCCUCUUCCAUCCCUUCUACUCGUGGAUGUACAUGAAGACCCUCCACGUUAUGGCCGGAGCCGUCUUCCUCGUCAGCGCCACCCUCAUCAUACCUGCUUCUGGGAUCCUAAUAUUGUUCUACGUCCAGCACAGAAGAGAACUUAGCAAGGCAAGAAAGAAAGCUCUCGAAGCAGAUGACAAAAAGGAAAUUGAUAAGAAGAAAGCAAAUAUACUGAGCCCAUUCAAUGUUCCUGAGAGUAAAGAUAAAAUAGGAUUAAGUGAAAAUAUAGCUAAUCUAGAUUUAGUUGAAAAGAAAGAUAAAUUAGAUUUAAUUCUAAAUGAAAAAAGUGAAAAGUUAGACUUCUGUGAAAAGCCAGAUAGCAUAGAUUUAGUUAGUGAAAAGAAUGAGAAGCUAGAAUCAAAUGAAAAGAAAGAUAAAUUAGAUUUAGAAGAUGAAAAUAAAGAAACGAUAGAAAGCAAAGAGGAUAAACAACGAAGUGAUCCGGAUGAUACGCCAUUAAAGACUACGCUGUGACCUGUUAACUUAAAACUAGUGAUAAGUUUACUGAAAACUAUUAAUAGCCUAAACCGAGCAUAAUUCGUAAAUGAAUUGGUAGAAACCAAUCGUAUUAUCGAACAUUAGAUUUUAAAACAAAAGUAUAUUUUUACUGAGUAGGUAUAAUAUUCGACGCAAGUUCUUCAACCAAAAUUAAUUCAAUGUUUCUACAUUAAAAUCUAAUGUUCGAUAAUACGAAGAAAAUUAUGUGUUCGCUAAAAAUUUUAAAACCAAACCGAAUGCUAAUUGUAAAAUAGAAUAGAAGUGUCGAGAAGUUAUUUCAAAACAUAAUAGGCUGUUCAGUUAGCUAAAAGCACUGAUCGUGUAUUAGUAUAGUGUACUAUUUAUAGUAUAUUUUUAAAUAAGUAUUAUUCUCCAUUAUGUUAAAACGAGGGAAUCCGGUAUUAUAGCUAUAAGAAAUAUAAUAAUUAUAUGAAAUGUAUGUAUUUUAUACUUUACGUCGAUAGGUAAAUACUUAGUGUAAGUUUGUUGAAAAAUAAUUAUUACCUAGCACCUUAUUGUGGUAAUUCUACAGUAAAUUGUUACCUAUUGUUUAAAUUAAUAAAACCAUUUUUAUUAUGAGUACGAAAAUUUCCAGAAUACCGAAUAAGAAAUAAUUGAAAAAUAUUAAAUAUUAAAACACAAUAAAGAAGUUAAAAA